GAGACUAGGGUGUCGUAGAGCCAUGGCUGGUGUCCAGACUCUCGAAUUGGAGAUCCAAGUGAACAUGACUGCCGAGAGAUUCUUCAAGACUUUCAAGAAGAAAGAAGGAAAUUUCACGGACAAGACAGAAGCAGUUUCUGUUCAUCGUGACGAUCCCACAUCCAACUCCUCUAUUCAGAUCUGGAAUUUCAUCAUUGAUGGAAAGAUGGAGCAGAUCAAAGAGAAGAUAGAGGUAGAUGAAGAGAACAGGUCGGUGUCUUUCUUAGCUCUUGAAGGAGAUGUGUUGAAGCAAUAUAAGAGCUAUAAGAUAACACUUGACGUUGUUCCUAAAGAUGAUCAAGUUUGUAUUGCCAAGUGGACAUGGGAAUACGAGAAGCUAAACGACGACGUUCCUCCCCCUACCAGAUACACUGCGUUCGUUGCAGAUUAUACACGCGACCUCGAGACUAGAUUGUUGUCUGAAUCAUGAUCAUAUCAUUAAUGUCUGUGAGUUUCUUGUUAUAUAAAUCAGAUCUUGUUCU